GGUAUAUAAGCUGAGGUUGAGGCAGCACCCCAGGGAGGGGCCGGGGGUAUAUAAGCUGAGGACCGUCCAGGGAGCGGCCACUUGCCCGCUCUCUACUCUACUCUACGCAGCCUCAGCUCAACUUCCCGGCAUUAUGAGGCGAGUGUGUGUGUUGAUGGUGGCUCUGGUGGCUCUGGUGGCGGUGACCAUGGCUCGCUCCCCACCCUUCCCUCCUCUCUCCUGCCUCAGGCCUAAGAUAAACAUUCGUGGUUGUGUCAACAACUGCGAGGCUGAGGACAAGCCCGGCUUCUUCUACUGCUGCGACAGCAAAGGUCUCAACCCCGGCACAUGCCCUAAAGUUCACCUGCAGCCGUACGAGAGGAAUGUGCUCUGUGACAGGACCCAAUUCAACUAUCCUAAUCACCUCAACUGCAAGGAUGACUCUGACUGCCAGGUGUUUGAGAAGUGCUGUUACCUCCCUGACAACAACCAGCUCAUCUGCCGUAACUCAGAGGACGCCUAACCAUCACAGCUCGCAGUCCCGGGGCACGAGUAUCAUUACUCUGCUGCUGUAAUGAAUCAGUUAUUGGCAUUAACAACAUCGGUUGAGGUUUAUCUUAAAACCUAUACACAAAUUACCCCAGCUACAAGAUAUGUGUUCCUCUGCUAUUGGCUCCAUAAAUAACUGCUUUAUGGAGAGAUCAGAGUGCAUAAUAAUCUUCACAAUUAAUAAGGCUAUAUUCAAAGUUAGGUAAUAACAAAGGUUCUAUAAACGCCUGCCACACAAUGUGUUACAGGUGCCAGCACUCAUGCACACGUGAUUUAUGACCUGUUCAAACUGUUUAAAUAAUAUUGUUGCUCCUCUCUAUUAUAUAUGUAACUAGUUUACCUUUUAUAAUAAACACUUUAAUGCUAA